UUAAUAGAGAGUUGGGAGGAUUUUUAAGUGUCUUUUGUGAGCAAUUGCCGAGAGUACCGCACGUACCGCAAGCCAUCCGCACGGUGGUCCGAGGACACGCACACGACAACGCAUGCACGCACACGGAGAGCCACGCGAGCACGGGAGUCCGAAGUAUUGCC